GUAAAUAGUAACAGACACACACGUUAAGUUUCAGAAACACAAAAAUUGAGGAUUUGUAACAUAAUUCCUAACAAUAUAACCUAUACGUAAACCUUACCAAACUCACGUGGACAUGGCGCAAUAUACAAAAAUGCAACCGAAAUUACUCAAUGUAAAUAGAGUACCUAGUCAACCAAAAAGACGCAAGAAGAUUACUCUUGUAUUUGAUGAGCAGAAAAGACGAGAAUUUCUGACAGGCUUUCAUAAAAGAAAAUUACAACGACGACAAAAAGCCAAAGAAGAAUUUCAACAACAAUUAAAACAAGAACGGAAAAAAAUUAAACAUGAGGCACGAGAACGUUUCAAAAAGUCAUUAUCGAAUCGUGAUAUUCCUGAAAUUCAACAAUUACUAACACAGCACGAAUAUGAAACAGAGGGACAUACUGUUAGUAUUUUAGAACUAAAUGUUGCAGAUCUUACAGAAAAUAAUGCAUUAAUUGGUGAGAAUAAAGGUACUGAUGAAGUAGAAAACAAUGAGCAGGAGGAGGACAAUGAUAAGUGCUCAGAAAAUAAUGAAGAAAUUGUAGGAAUGUCUUUAGAUCAAAGAAAGAAAAGUAAAAAUUCAGAAAAAAUUAAAAAAGAAACCCAAGUUGACAAUAAGAAAGAUUUAAAAAAAGCAAUAAAAAAAGCUGCAUUAAAACAAGUAAAGAAGAGUAAAGUGUUUCAACAAAAGCAAAGAUUAGAACGACAAAAGAAUAGGAAAGAAAGUAUGAAAAAACGCAAAAGAAUGGAAAAAGCCCAGAAACGUAGCGGGAAAUUGAAAAAAAAAUUAAAUCAUUAA